AUGUUUGUUGCGAAAUGGGCUCCAGGUAUCACGCCAGAGAAGCCAUCAUUAUCCACCGUUCCGGUUUGGCUGGAUUUCCAUGGAGUCCCUCUCCAAUUCUUCAAUAGUGAUGCCCUUAAGGAGAUUGCAGGACUCGUAGGUCACCCCAUUUGUCUUCAUCCGACUACAGAAAACCUCACUAACAUUGAAGUGGCUAAGGUGUAUACUGUGAUUGAUCCGCGGAAGCCGCUUCCAGAGGCUGUCAACGCUCAAUUUGAGUGCGGAGAAGUGGUUAGAAUAGGAGUCUCUUGCCCUUGGCUUCCAUCCAUAUGCUCUCACUGCUCCAAAGUUGGCCACACCAUCUCAAAAUGUUCGGCUGCUCCACCUCGCUGCUCGAUAUGCAGAUCUGUAAAACACGCCACUGAGGCUUGUACCAGAACAAAUUCCAACAAGUUUAGUGGUAACGAUAAUGGUAAGGCUCCUAUUCCGAGUCAGUACCCUAUUGUUGGACCUUUACGUUCAGAUACAAAGAGCAAGAAGAGGUCUGUUCCAAUCUUAUCUAAAGGAAAACCCCCUGCCUCUCACCGUUGGGAGCGAGCGGACAACAUGAUCCAUGAUAAUCCUCCUAGUAAUAACCCUCCUGCGAUUGGGUCAUCACGUCAAAUAGCCACUCUCAAUGAUUAUGAUGUCUCCUCAGGAAAGCUUUUUGUUGAUCUGCGACCUGAGAACCCUGAGUCACCUAUUAUCUCCUCUAAUGGCACUUCAGAAGACGAGGAACAAGAUCCUGAUUCUGAAGGGAUCUCCAAUGAUGAGGACAACCCAAAUGAUGAGGAUGACCAGUAUAUUUGCGUCAUUUCCCAAAGGUCUAAGAAGCAAGCUAAGCGUAAUGCUAGGGGCAGAGGCCCUUUAAACCUCUGA